GCGAGCGGUGGGGGCGUGCUGCACAGAAAAACGGGUCAGGUGACAGGAUUCUCGCGAAGCAGCGGUGCUCAGUGAAGUGUGUCUGAACCUGUCUGUAUAUCUCACUCCGAACACCGUCAACCAUCCAGCCAGUCAAGUCGCGCUGCACGGCCAACCAUCUCAACCCAGACGUCCCAUCCAAAACACACCGACAUGGCGACCAGCGAAGAGUUGAAAAACUACGAAGCUUUCUUCGACCACGCUGAUGCGGACAAGAGCGGAUGUCUAAGCAUCCAGGAGUUAAAAAAAUGUCUCAAAAAUUCCGGAUUCGACGAUCAAACCAUUCUGGAUAUGUUCGUGGAGUUUGAUAAAGAUGGUGACCGUAGAGUGACUAAGGCUGAAUUUUUGGGUGCUUUGAACAAGCUGCCCCCAUCACGACUUGAUGAGGCCAAACUACGGAAAGCAUUCAAGGAUAUUGACAAAGACGGCAGUGGGACCCUUGAUGCCGGUGAAAUAAAGAAAGCUUUGAGUUCAUGCGGCACAAAAAUAAGUGAUGCCACUGCACAGCGUAUUAUCAAAGAGGUUGACCGCGACGGCGAUGGCAAAGUCAACGUGAACGAGUUCCUCGCCCUUUUCCGUAGUCAGUCUUAGCCACGCACCUGCCCCUCGCUCAAUGGCAGCUUGUGCUUCAGUAGGUUUUCAAUGUACAAUUCAGUCAGUUUCAUAAGCAUAGUGUUUUCGCUUGUCAAUCUCGAAAGUAUAUGUUUUAAGUCGAUGUUUUGCUGCCAGUGGGAUCAUACAUCGCAGCAAUAUUUACCCUUGUGGUUAAAGUGUUUGCCUGUCACGCAGAAAACUCGAGUUCGAUUCUCCACGUGGGUGAAACGUGUGAAGCUCAAUUAAGGUAUUGAUCUGACUAUCAUAACACAGUAUUUAAUGCUAAAACCAGCGUAAAAUUCUCUCCCAAAUGUGAAAUAUAUCACCUAUUUUCACCUGUUUCGCUUAUGCUUGUACAGAGGUUAUGUUGGGCAUGUGUUUCGGGUGAGUAAAAUUAAUAUCCUGUAUUAUGAACAAUCAUAGGAUUUAGCGAGCCUCAACUAGUAAACGUAAUAAUCUCAUUUAUCUUACAUGUGACUUCAUUCAUUAUUUCUGUUGGCGAAGGGGUUAUCUUUAUCUUUCAUAAACUGUACCUAAAAACUGCAUUUGUUCCCUGGAACGGGAGCUUUAACAUAUUACAUCACAAGGCCGUCACAAACCAGUUUUCUGGUGUCCCCCGCCAUAUUUUGCUGGAAUAUCGCUCACCCCUACAGAAUCUAUGGCAUUCUUGAUCUGAAUACACUGCCGGGAUAUGUUUGAAGAAAGUGGAACAGGCGACUGAUCCAUCUCUUUCAGCAACUGUCAAUUGUCUAUGUAAGUCUGUUUGUGUAAUAUUUUUUGACAAGUUAAGAAACUGUUUGUGCUUCAUCUUCACUUUGUAUUACAGAAAUGAACAAAAAAUAAACAGCAUUAAGUUGUU